AUGGUGGCCAGGCAGGGUGGGUGGCUGCGGCCCGCUCUCGGGCUGCUCUUGCUGCUGACGACUGUGUUUCAAGGGGUGUCUGCUCUUGGGGCUGAGUUGUCAUCAGAGGCAUGCAGAGAGUUGGGUUUCUCCAGCAACUUGCUCUGUAGCUCUUGUGAUCUUCUCGGACAGUUUAACCUGCUUCAGCUGGACCCUGUUUGCAGAGGGUGCUGUCAGGAAGAAGCACAAUUUGAAACCAAAAAGCUGUAUGCUGGAGCUAUCCUUGAAGUCUGUGGAUGAAAAUUGGGGAGGUUCCCUCAAGUCCAAGCUUUUGUCAGAAGUGAUAAGCCCAAACUGUUCAGAGGUCUACAGAUCAAGUACGUUCGCGGUUCAGACCCUGUCCUAAAGCUUUUGGACGACAACGGGAACAUUGCUGAAGAACUGAGCAUCCUCAAGUGGAACACGGACAGUGUGGAAGAGUUUCUCAGCGAGAAGUUGGAACGCAUAUAAACCUUGCUUGCUCGUUCUUUUCUUACUCAUCAGAUCAACUAUCACAGCACCUAGAGAAUAAUUUAGUUUUGCAUGCUUACAUUGAUCAGUCUUUUUAUGUACGCCAUUAAUCUUCUAAUUAGAAGUUGAAGUAACAACACAGCCCAUGAUAUGUAAGGAGCUGGCAAGUUUAACAAAAU